UAACGACCCGGAAGAAGUUAGUGCAAAAUGUGAUAUCGGGAGACCGAGGUCAGAAAUUCUCUCUCACAACCAUCUUGGAUAUAGAAUCCUAACUCGACACAAGCAUGCCUGGUGAAGCCACAGAGACGGUCCCGGUCACUGAGCAGGAGAUGCAGCAGCCACAAGUUGAGACUGCCGCACCCUCUGCCCCUGCAAGUGUGGCUACCUCCCAGGAACCCCAGGCUGCUUCUGGCCCUGCCAAGCCCAAAGGCAAAGAGUCCAAGGGUGGCUCGACCCCAAAGGCUGUCCCUGGCAGAAGAAAAAAGACCUCGAUAUCUGCCUCCUCCUCUUCUCCUACCUCCCCAAAGCAAACCUCAACACCCCGUUCCCCCUUAGCUACCUCACCUGGGGCAUCUGGAUUUCCCAGCCAGGGCAACCGUGCCGUUGCAAAGGUUGUAAAGGCUGGCAAACAAGGAAAGGCUAAGAAAGGAGAGGCUUUCAAGCCUUCUGUUGACCUGCCAGCCCCAGCCAAGGCUCCUGCCCCCACAGAGGCCAAACCUGUUCCUAUUGAGCUUAAAGCUGCUCCUGCACCAGUAGUGGCCAUGCCAGCACCUGUUGCUGCAGAUCCUGCACCUGCCUCACCCAUCUGUCCCAAGCCUGAGGCUUCCCCUGUGGCUUUCAAAGUGACCUCAAAGCCUGCUGCAUCAGCCCCUAUGUCAUUUGCUGAUGCUGUUGCCUCUAGCCCACUUAAAGCUGCCCCUGAAAUGCCCAAGGCCAAGCCUAAGCCUGUGCCCAAAGCUGAGGUGAAAGAGGUCAAGGCAGCCCCUGCACCAGCUAAGCCUGCUCUGGAGGAUGAUGACCUUCCACCUCUCAUUCCACCAGAGGAGCCAGUAAAGAUGCCAGUCUAUUCACCCCCUACAGUAGUAGAGGCUCCUAAGCCUGCCCUAGUUGCUUCUCCAGCUCCCCCUAAACCAGCUCCAGUUGAGCCUGUUGUAGCUGCACCAGCUCCGCCCAAGCCUGCGCCAAUUAAGCCCGUUGUAGCUGCACCAGCUCCGCCCAAGCCUGCGCCAAUUAAGCCCGUUGUAACUGCACCAGCUCCGCCCGAGCCUGCGCCAAUUAAGCCCGUUGUAACUGCACCAGCUCCGCCCGAGCCUGCGCCAAUUAAGCCCGUUGUAGCUGCACCAGCUCCGCCCAAGCCUGCGCCAAUUAAGCCCAUUGUAACUGCACCAGCUCCGCCCGAGCCUGCGCCCAUUAAGCCCGUUGUAGCUGCACCAGCUCUGCCCAAGCCUGCGCCAAUUAAGCCCAUUGUAGCUGCACCAGCUCCGCCCAAGCCUGCGCCAAUUAAGCCCGUUGUAGCUGCACCAGCUCCGCCCAAGCCUUGCCCAGUUGAGGCCGUUGUAGCUGCACCAGCUCCGCCCAAGCCUGCGCCAAAUAAGCCCGUUGUAGCUGCACCAGCUCCGCCCAAGCCUGCGCCAAAUAAGCCCGUUGUAGCUGCACCAGCUCCGCCCAAGCCUGCGCCAAAUAAGCCCGUUGUAGCUGCACCAGCUCCGCCCAAGCCUGCGCCAAAUAAGCCCGUUGUAGCUGCACCAGCUCCGCCCAAGCCUGCGCCAAAUAAGCCCGUUGUAGCUGCACCAGCUCUGCCCAAGCCUUUCCCAGUUGAGCCUGAUGUAGCUGCACCAGCUCCGCCCAAGCCUGCGCCAAUUGAUCCUGUUGUAGCUUCCCCUAAGCCUGUUGAAGUAGCCAUUGUACCACCUCCAGUUUCAAAACCUGCCCCCACCCCUGCUAAAAUCCCAACCAAACCGGAGCCUGUGACCAAGAAUGAGGGGUCUGGCACUGAAUCGGACAGCGAUGAGUCUGUACCAGAUCUGGAGGAACAGGACUCCGCACAGACACAGCAAGCACAGCUUGCAGCUGCUGCAGAAAUAGAUGAGGAACCCGUUAGCAAAGCCAAACAGAGCCGUAGUGAAAAGAAGGCACGAAAGGCAAUGUCAAAGCUUGGCCUCAGGCAGGUGACGGGGGUCACCAGGGUUACCAUUCGCAAGUCUAAGAACAUCCUAUUCGUCAUCACCAAACCAGAUGUCUACAAGAGCCCUGCAUCAGACACUUACAUUGUCUUUGGUGAGGCUAAGAUCGAGGAUCUCUCACAGCAGGCCCAGUUGGCAGCGGCAGAGAAGUUCAAGGUACAGGGAGAAGCUGUGUCGAACAUCCAGGAAAACACACAGACGCCCACCGUACAGGAGGAGAGCGAAGAGGAAGAGGUUGACGAGACCGGGGUCGAGGUGAAGGACAUUGAACUUGUGAUGUCACAAGCGAACGUGUCGCGAGCGAAGGCUGUACGUGCCCUGAAAAACAACAACAACGACAUUGUCAACGCAAUUAUGGAGUUGACGAUGUAGGCUGCUGGAGUCGACGGGGUUCUGAAAGGUUGCUGAUUUUAAUCUAUCGUUGGUACAAUUUAUACCCAAGGUAGAAAUAAAGAUGUGGCUUGGUAAAUCGA